AUGAAGCUCUCUGCGACCGUCGCCAUUGCUGCUGCGGGCACCUUGGCCGCCGCUCAAGGUCACCACCACGCUCACCACCAUGCUCACAAGCGUGAUACUGUCGCGACCUCCACUGUCGACGAAGUCGUGACUGUCUACCAGCUUGACGGAACCCCAGUCCCUUACGCCGAUGUCUGCCAGGGUAUCAAGAACGGUGACUACAAGUGGGCUGAAGGUGCUCCCUUAGGUGCUUGCGCUACGACCACCAGCACCAGUCUCUCCGUCAAGGCUGCCGAGUUCAUCCAAACCACGGUUUCCAUUUCAUCUUCCACGAGCUCUACAGUGAUCACCACCUCUGCGGUCCCUACUACUUCGGCCACACCCACGACCAGCUCGACCUCUACCACGCCCACCACUAGCAGUACCCCUGCUGCUACCACAACUGCGAGCAGCAGCAGCUCCAGCGGUGCUACCGGUGUCGAUGCCUCUUUCCCUGACGGUGAAAUCGAUUGCACUACUUUCCCCUCCGAAUACGGUGCCGUUUCCCUUGACUACCAUGGAAUUGGAGGCUGGAGUGGUAUUCAGUACCCUACUUACAACGCUCUCGAGACUCUUGUUGAGACCAUCGUUACCGCGGUCACGGGCGAGUCUUGCACUGAAGGUGCUUUCUGCUCUUACCAAUGCCCCGCCGGUUACUUGAAGUCUCAGUGGCCAUCUACCCAGGGUGCUACCGGUCAAUCUGUUGGUGGUAUCAAGUGCUCUGGUGGAAAGUUGCACCGAACCAACACCGACUAUGAAACUCUCUGUAUCGCUGGUGUUUCCGGUGUAACUGUUAAGAACACCCUUAGCUCUGUCGUCUCUGUUUGCCGUACCGACUACCCUGGAACCGAAAGUGAGACUCUUCCCACUGUCGUCGAAGCCGGAUCAAGCUCACCAUUGGCCAACCCCGAUGGAUCUACCUACUACCAGUGGGAAGGAAAGUCCACUUCGGCUCAGUACUACAUUAACCCUGCUGGCAAAGAUGAGACCGUUGCUUGCACCUGGGGCACCAGCGGCAGCGACGUCGGUAACUGGGCUCCUAUGAACAUGGGUCUCGGCUUCAAGGAUGGAUUGACCUACAUCUCUAUCUUCCCCAACACACCCACCACCACCGCCACUCUUGACUACAACGUGAAGAUUGAGGGAGCCAGUGGGCCUUGCUACUGGGACGCUUCCGCCCAGACUUACUACCAAGGAACCACCGCCAGCUCCACUGGUUGCACUGUUUCCAUCCCUGAAGGUGGAAGCGCUGAAGUUGUCUUCUAUUGA